AUGGAUCCCAACCAAUGGAAUCCUUAUUAUAAUUAUUUACAAACUCCCAGUGACAGUUCUCAAAAUUUUCAAAUGUGUCCGCGACCAUCGCUCCUUAUUGGUGACGGUUCUCAAAAUCUCCAACCUUUUAUGUUUCAAUCACCACCAUUCUCUACCGGAAACAAUUCUCAAUAUACCCGACUGUUUAUGUUUCAACCACCACCAACCAUCGACGUUGUAGAGUCUCCUAACGUUGAAUCAGAAUCACCAAUUGGGUCCACUACAGAUUCUCAAGUGCCAGGCAACUCCACUCAGGAUGGUCUAGAAAAUAUUACUUUUACGGGAGAAGGAGAACGUUCAACCCAAAAAAAACAGUGUAUCAGGUUCUUAGAAGAAGAAGAUAAAUUGCUUAUUCAGACAUGCCUUAACCUUUCCAAAGUUUCAAUAGUCGGAGUUGACCAAAAAGCAAAUAGUUUUUGGGGUAGAAUCAAAGGUGGCUAUAACAACUAUCGUCGACCACUUAUAGCGAGAGAGUGGUCUACACUCAAAUCUCGAUGGCAUCUAUUGAAUAAACAUUGUCAAUGGUUUUGCGGAAACUACAAACUAGCUGUUGCUAACAAGAAAAGUGGACAGUCUGAGACAAACGUCAUGGAAGAGGCACGUCAAAUUUUUGUCCAAGUGCAUCAAUAA